AUGGGGGCAGAAAAAGUAGACAAUAACUUCAUGGAAAAUCUAUCAGACAAAAGGGAGUUGUGGAUGGAACUCAUUUAUUGGAAGAACAAGCUGGAUGUUGGUGAGUGGGUGGUUCGGGGAGAUUUCAACUCAGUUAAAAAAAGGGAGGAGAGGAGGGGCAAGGAAAAUCAUAGAAGAGGUAUAGAAAUGGAAGAAUUCAAGUGUUUUAUUGAAAAUAUGGAGCUUAUUGAUAUGCAAGCAGAAAGUAGACUAGACCGCAUUCUCCUUUCUGGUGGGCUGAUAUCUAAAUGGGAUGUGGUUGCUCAAGAUGUGGGGAAGAGGGACGUUUCAGAUCAUAAACCAAAGGAGUGGAAUUCAAUCGUAAUUAAAGGAAGUCCAGCUUUUAUCAUCAAGGAAAAAUUGAGUUUCCUCAGAGGAAGACUAAGAUGGUGGAAUCUUAAUGUGUUUGGAAAGGUGGAGCUGAAGAUUGAAGAGAUCGUGGAUGAAUUGAAUCCAUUGGAAGAUAAAUUGUUUCACCCAAAUGCGAAUCUAACAGAGGCUGAUUUUGCAAGCAGAAGGAUUUAUCAGGAGUCUUUUUGGCAUAAACUACAUAUAAAAGAGGGCAUCAUCAAUCAAAAAUCAAGUCAUAAGUGGGCAAAGGAAGGUGACAAUAACACUAGGUUGUUUCACGCGACAAUGAAGCUAAAUUCAGGAGCCCAAAUUCGGUUCCAAACUUCAAUGUUACACAUGUUAAGUAUGCAAGAGAGUAGGAGUUUGGAAGAGCCAUUUACGGUGGAUGAAAUAAAGCAAGCAGUGUUUGAAGGUGACGGAGAUAAGAGUCCAGGGCCUGAUGGAUUCAACUUGGAAUUUAUGAAGAAGUGUUGGGACAUCGUGGGGGAUUUGAUUGUGUUGUUCAUUCAAGAAUUCCACAAAGGAGGUAAGCUUCCAAAAGUUGUAACUGCCUCUUUUCUAGCUCUAAUUCCUAAAUGUGAAAAUCCAUUAAACCUUGAAGAUUAUAGGACAAUUUGCUUAAUAAGUAGAUUACUUAAACUCAUAUCACUUAUACUAACUGCGAGAAUGAGGAAUGUCAUAGGCAAAUUGAUAUCGAAUAAUCAGACGACAUUUGUACCGGGAAGAUAA